AUGCCCGCCGAGUCGUUCGAGGAAGAGGGGUUAGAGAGGAUUCCUGACCUCCGUUUAUCGCAAUGGCUUUUUGAAGCAAGCCUAAACAGGACUACCGUGAAAUCGAGGUCGCGGCUGGUUAAUUUAAUAAUGGAUGUAGUUCGGUCAGAGAAUAUGACUCCAUUCUAUAAAAUCGUCUGCAAACAACUACAUCUUCUUGAUAGUCAACAACUUAUGGGAGAGAUGCAGAGGGCGAACGAUGAUAGACUAGAAGAGUUAGACGAAAACAUUAAAAAGGCUGAGGAGUCCGAUGGAGAAACGGAAAUCCGUGAGGCGAUGAUUGCCAAGGCACACUAUCUCAGCAAGAUCGGCAACAAGAUGGAUGCUUUAGCCCAAUUUCGUGCUAUUCUUGACAAAACCGUACUACCCGGAUGCCGACUUGACAUAACGUUUCACCUCAUUCGUAUGGGCUUCUUCUACAACGAUCGGGACCUAAUUACUACCAAUAUCGAGAAGGCGAACAGUCUUAUCGAGGAGGGAGGCGAUUGGGAUCGCCGAAAUCGGUUAAAGGUUUAUCGAGGCCUUCACAGUCUUUCUAUUCGUGACUUCAAUGCCUCCGCUAAGCACUUUUUGGACGCAGUUGCGACUUUCACUAGCUACGAAUUGAUGGAUUACAAGAGUUUCAUCAUCUACACCGUGCUUACCUCUAUGAUAGCUCUCAAACGCCAAGAUCUUCGUGCAAAGGUGAUUAUGGGGUCCGAGAUACAAGAAGUCCUCCACAGCCUUCCUGCUGUAAGAGAGUAUCUGAUGUCUCUCUUCGAAUGUAGAUAUGCAGACUUCUUCUUAUACUUAGCUGGGGUGGAGCAAUUCAUGCACUCGGACCGCUAUUUGGCGGCCCAUGCGCGUUACUACGUUCGUGAGAUGCGUAUCCGUGCCUACACUCAACAUUUGGAUUCCUAUAGCAGUCUCAGUCUGGAAAGCAUGGCUGCCACUUUCGGUGUAACCAUGAGUUUUCUUGAUGCUGAACUCUCCAGGUUCAUCGCCAACGGUCGAAUCGCUUGCAAAAUCGAUAAGGUCACUGGCAUUGUGGAGACCACACGUCCGGACAAUGUCAACUCCCAGUAUCAGGCAAUAAUAAAGCACGGUGAUGUUCUACUCAAUCGCAUCCAAAAGCUCAGUCAGGUUAUCAACAUAUAA